AUGACCACACCCUCAGUUUCAGAGAAAGAUGAACUAGAAGAGUACCACACAGCCCUCUUGGUCAUCUACACUGUGGUCCUGAUCAGUGGUACAAUUAGCCUUACCAUGAUGAUGCGCAUCAUGAGAUCCACCACAACUUCCACCACGUCAAUUGCCGUACUCAACCUGAUCUUCACUCACUUCAUCUUCCUGCUAACGGUUCCCUUCAGAAUCUACUAUUACGCAGUUCAUGAAUGGGAGUUGGGCUAUGAAUGGUGUAAAAUAACCAGCAGCAUGAUCCACAUCCACAUGUACAUGUCUUUUGUCCUGUAUGUGAUUAUCCUCAUCACCCGUCUGUUGACGUUCUACAAGAAAGCUUGCCAGGUGGCGUCCUUUCACAGGAUGCAUGCAUGCAUUAUCAGUUUUCUGGUGUGGAUUAUUGUGCUGAUCACUGUCCCUUGCAUCAUCCAUUUUAAGUAUGGCAAAGACCAUGACAAAAAUGCCACUCGUUGCUUCCAGUUUGGAAAAUCUAUAGAAUCUGUUCUGAUUUUGAACUACCUGACAAGCAUAUUGAUUAUAGUCAUUGCCAUUGUGUUGACAGCCUUCCAGGCCAAUGUCCUAUGGGUUUUAUACAAGAAGCAUCGGGAGGGAUGCACCUUUCAGCAGGAGUUCGGAGCUCAGCUGAAGAGCCUGUGCUUUGCGCUAAUCAUGGUCAUCUGCUUCAUUCCCUACCACAUUUUUCGACUGUCCUACUUAAACAAUAUAAAAGAAUUAGAGGGUACAAAUGAAAUAUUUCUGAGCAUAACCACUUUUAACUGUUUGGACAUGCUUACUUUCCUGGGGAGGAGGUCCUGUAACAUGUGCUUUGUAGGAAAAGCUGCUUAA